AAUAAUUUAUCAUAGUAUGGUAUCACAUUUUUUUUGUUUUUAUUUUGAUUCGAUUGAUAUUCGAACACGGAAGUGAUUUCGUUUCGUUCGUGUGUUGACGCUCGCAUUGCGAAACAUGUCCUAUAGCUUUUUUAGAACUUUAUAAAAAUGUCUAAAUUAUGGUGAACGAUUCGUCGGCCCCAUAGUAAAGGAAGUAGAUCUGAAGAUGGCCUCGAGAGGGGACAAAGGGAAUGGAAAUGGCGAGGAGCAGAUCGUAGAGACGUUGGCGGAGGUGUUCCGCUGUUUCAUCUGUAUGGAGAAACUAGUGGAUGCGCACCUAUGUCCCCACUGCUCCAAGUUGUGUUGCUAUGCCUGCGUGCGGCGAUGGCUGACGGAGCAGAGGUCCCAGUGCCCUCACUGCCGAGCCUCGCUGCACCUGCAUGAGCUCGUUAACUGCCGCUGGGUGGAGGAGGUCACCCAGCAGAUCGAGACCAUGCAACAGACUAACUCCGCUAGUCAACGAGAGAGCUUUAGGGAUAGAUGCCCAACACACCAAGAGAAGCUGACGGUGUACUGCUGGACGUGCCGGCGCUGCAUCUGCCACCAGUGCGCGCUGUGGGGCGGCACGCACUCGGGUCACACCUUCAAGCCGCUGGAGGAGGUGUACGAGCAGCACGUCACCCAGAUCCGGGACGAGGUGGCCCAGCUGAGGCGAAGGCUGAUGGAGCUCAUUAGCCUGGUGCAGGAUGUGGAGCGCAACGUAGAAUCCGUUCGAGCGGCGAAAGACGAGCGCGUCCGCGAGAUUCGAAACGCGGUCGAGCUGAUGAUCUCCCGCUUGGACUCGGCGCUGAAGGCCAAGCUGCUGACGCUCAUGGGCCAGAAGAACAGCCUCACGCAGGAAACAGAGCAGCUGGAACACCUGCUUCAAGAAAUAGAGCAUCAGCUACAUGCUAGCACUAGAUCCGAGCUGAUCGCCAAGAGCGGCGAACUAUCGAAAAUGAUCCAUCAAGUGCGAAAGAAACCGAUGGCUAGCUUUGUGACCGCGCCCGUACCGGCCGAUUUCCAUAGGCAAGUUGAGAAAAAGAUUGAUAGCGAAAUCGUGCCGAGCUACGACAGCAGUACGUUCCCGCUUACGAACUUCACGCAGCUGCAACACGCGGCGGCGCCCGUGUACUCCCUGCCGCUACACGUCAACGGGUUAUGCUGGCGACUGAAGGUCUACCCGGACGGGAAUGGAGUGGUACGGGGGAAUUACCUCUCCGUGUUUUUGGAACUCAGCGCCGGAUUGCCCGAGACUUCCAAGUACGAGUACCGGGUGGAGAUGCUGCACCAAGUGUCUCGCGACCCGUCGAAGAAUAUCGUGCGCGAAUUCGCGUCUGACUUCGAGGUCGGCGAGUGCUGGGGCUACAACCGGUUCUUCAGGCUGGACUUAUUGGCCAGCGAGGGGUAUUUGAACCCGGAGACUGACACGCUGAUCCUGAGGUUCCAAGUGCGUCCGCCGACGUUCUACCAGCGCUGCCGCGACCAGCAGUGGUACAUCAACCAGCUCAUCACCAUGCAGAACCAGCACGUUCUGCAGAUCAAUGAUCUCAAAGAGCGUCUCACUCUAGAGAUGUCUCGCAACUCGCUAGCGACCGCCGCGACUCGCGCGCCGCCUGCCGCCGCCGCCACCGAACCCGACAAUCCCGCACAGAAUAACCCAGUCGAUGGGAACAGCCUCAGCGACUCCAUGGUCUUCAACCAGUGGAAGUUCAACGCGCAUAACAUCAUGAGCGGGCAGCGGCUGGCUAGUCCCGGCAUUUUGAACACGACUAUCUUCGCUGAAGACACUCGCAACAACGAGGUGUCGAGCCAGCCGGCCUACGCUUACGGGGACUACCCGCAGCCGCCGCGUCUGCCUUCCCAUCCGCACGCCACGCACGCGCUCGACGCCUACAACCUACCCUCUACUUCCAGGUCGGCGAAUUCGCUGCACGCGCCCGGCGCAGACAGCAUGGCGCUGGUCAGCCUGCAUACACUUCUGAGCGCGGGCCGAGCGCCGCGCGCCGCCAAGCCGCCGCGCCUCGACAAGCGCCUCGCGCUCGCCAAGGACUCCUGCACCACGCUCACUGGUACACAAACAAUGUGCACAUUCCCUACACGCGCCCGGCGCAGACAGCAUGGCGCUGGUCAGCCUGCAUACACUUCUGAGCGCGGGCCGAGCGCCGCGCGCCGCCAAGCCGCCGCGCCUCGACAAGCGCCUCGCGCUCGCCAAGGACUCCUGCACCACGCUCACUGGUACACAAACAAUGUGCACAUUCCCUACACGCGCCCGGCGCAGACAGCAUGGCGCUGGUCAGCCUGCAUACACUUCUGAGCGCGGGCCGAGCGCCGCGCGCCGCCAAGCCGCCGCGCCUCGACAAGCGCCUCGCGCUCGCCAAGGACUCCUGCACCACGC